AUGAAGUCCGAGGAAUUGUCUCAACUGGCGACAAAUCUAGCUCCGCUAGACUUCAAAGCAAUCGAGCCAUAUCUAGCGGCCUUGGAUAAACACCUCACCCUUCGUUCAUAUGUUGACGGGUACUCGAUCACCGAAUUGGAUUCCAAAAUAUGGGUCACACUUCGAACAAACAGAGUCGCUGCUCCUUUUUUGAAGAAAGGAUCAUUUGUCAAUCUUCUCAGAUGGUACCAAUUUAUUGAGCACACACAUCCGGAAAUUCAAGAGGAGAUCAAGCUUAAGGAUGAGGCGGAGAAGGCAAAGAAGACGGCUGCUAGCAAGGCCGGAGCAAGCUACAACAUAGCUUUGCCUAACACCGAGAAGGGUGUUGUGACUAGAUUCCCACCAGAGCCAUCUGGAUAUCUUCAUAUUGGUCAUGCAAAAGCCGCUCUUCUCAAUGACUAUUUCGCACACGAGCUCUACAAAGGCACACUUCUCCUCCGAUUCGACGAUACCAAUCCUUCAAAAGAGAAACAGGAAUUUCAAGAUUCUAUCAUCGAGGAUUUGGCACUUAUGGGCGUAAAGCCAGAUAAGAAGAGUCAUACUAGCGACUACUUUGAGGAAUUAUACCAAUAUGGUCUCAAAAUCAUCAAAGAAGGCAACGCUUAUGCAGAUGACACAGAUCAACAAACUAUGAGGGAACAACGAAUGGAUGGUAUCGCGAGCAAGAACCGAGAUAAGAGUGUUGAGGAUAAUCUCGCCAUAUUCGAGGAGAUGAAGAAUGGCACAGAAGGAGGAAAGAAGUUCUGCAUCCGAGCAAAAAUGUCCGUGGACAAUCCAAACAAGGCGAUGCGCGAUCCAGUCAUCUACCGUUGCCCCAAUGAUGAUCCCGAGACUGGCAGCUCAUUACCUCAUCACCGCACUGGUAGUACAUGGAAAAUGUAUCCUACCUACGACUUCGCAUGCCCAAUUGUCGAUUCACUCGAAGGAGUUACACACGCUUUGAGAACAACCGAGUACAACGACAGAAAUCCUCAAUAUCAAUGGUUCAUCACCAAGCUGAAUCUCACUCCAGUACACAUGUGGGAGUUUGCUCGUAUGAACUUCGUUCGCGUCUUCCUAUCAAAACGUAAAUUGGCCAAGAUGGUUGAUGCUGGCAGAGUCUGGGGUUGGGAUGAUCCUCGUAUGCCUACAAUUCGUGGAGUUCGAAGAAGGGGUAUGACCAUUCCUGCGUUGAGAGAUUUUAUCUUGAAACAGGGACCAAGUCGAAAUAUUGUAACCAUGGAUUGGACUAAUUUCUGGGCUUCAAACAAGAAGGAAAUCGAUCCAAUUGCACCAAGACAUACAGGUGUUGAUAUUAAAAAUCAAGUAAAGGCUUUGGUCACAAAUGGUCCAGAGACACCGUAUACUGAAGACAAGCCUAAGCAUGGAAAGAACCCCAACGUUGGCAUGAAGAAAGUUGCCUACAGUAAGAACCUCAUUCUUGAUCAAGAGGAUGUAAAGCUGUUCAAGGAAGGCGAGGAAAUUACCCUCAUGAACUGGGGUAAUGCAUUCGUGCGUAAAAUCAAUGGUUCAGGUCCAAUCACAGAUAUCGAGCUAGAAAUACACUUAGAGGGCGAUGUUAAGAAGACAGAGAAGAAAGUCACCUGGUUAUCCUCUGACCAAAAUCUCAUCCAAGCAGAAGUAUAUGAAUUCGACUACAUGAUCACCAAGGAUAAAUUGGAGGAAGAUGACAACUGGGAGGAUUUCCUCACACCGGAGUCGGCGCAUAAAACAGAUCAGCUAUGUGAUAGCAACGUAGCCGAUCUGAAGGAAGAUGACAUCAUUCAAUUGGAGAGAAAGGGAUACUUCAGGGUUGAUAAGGCGGCCAAGGAUGGGAAGCCAGCGGUGAUGUUCGGCAUUCCUACGGGAAAGUCGAAAUGA